GUCAGGCGGUGAAAAGAGAUCGGGAUCGGAAAAAAGAGAGUCUUUUUACGGUCGAUCGACAUGAAUUCGAGCUCGGAAGCAAAACAGCGGGAAUCUCAAAUGGGUGACGCAGUUUUGGAUGCGCUUUCCAAGUUCGAUCGCUGCGCUAAAACGAAAAAUGAAAAGAUCCACCGCAAAUUGCUUUGGGACUGGACCAACAAUGAAAAUGACGACUCGUACCCGGCCCCGCGUCCUAAGAAAACUCAAAUAAUUUCUGCCAGCUGUCUUGGAUUAUGGUGCAAAGAUGAUGAUGUUGAAUUCGUAGAUGUAAAAUUAAACGUUCCGAUUCAUGAAUCUCCGAAAAAAAAUUCGGGAAAUGGUGUUUGCACUUCCGAAACUUCCUCAAAUGUUAGUUUGCUCGCGUCUAGAACGAAAGAGUUUCUGCUACAGGCAUGUUCAGUUCCAAAGAAAACAGGCUUAGAUGAUGAAUCAUCCAAAAGAAACCGUGAUAGAAAUACUUACACAAAUCCUCAAGGAAGAUCAUUAAGUGUGUCUUCUCUUUUGAGGAAAGGAGAUAGAUCAAAAGUAGAUUACAAAUAUCCUGUGCACAGGUAUCAUAGGAAUAUCCAUCGCGAUCAAAGUCUGCUGCAAAAAACAUAUUUCAGCAAUAAAUCUAGCAGUGCAAACGAACAAAAAAUAAAAUAUGUUAAUGUACAAAGAGAAACGCAUGUUAAUGUACAAAAACAAAAACCAGUUAUAAAAGAAAAUGUUAAAAGAGAAAAUCCUUUUGCAAACAGGAUUUCAAAUGCUACAACUUCUUCGAAGUCUGCAAAGAAUUCAACAGUAAGCAUCCAAUUAUCAUCCUCUAAUGGAGAGGCCUUUAUUUCAAAGGCUACAGCUUCUACGAAGUCUUCAAAGAAUUUAACAGUAAGCAUCGAAUUAUCAUCUUCUAAUGGAGAGGAUUUUGCUGAGUUCAUGGCUGAUAUGAAAGCUUUGAAAAAUAUUCGCAAGCAAUAUCCGAAGUUAAGAGAUUUAAUCCCUGAACCCAACACGGAAAGAAGGAAUGUCAAAUACAGUUUGGAGGGAGUAAAAUGUUUGCUGAAUUUCUUAUUCUCUGGAUCAUGCAACUUUCUCAGUUGGAAACUAGCCUUAGAAAUGUACGCUAUUUCUCAAUUCUUUGAGGUAGUUGGACUUCAAAGCAAGUGCCAUGCUUUUUUCCUUCAAAACCCAGCUACUUCGGAAAAUGCUCGAGAAAUCAUCCAGUACGCCAACUACUUUGGAAUCAAGAAAGAGCUCUUAAUGUCAGAAACAUUUCUUCAAGAAGACGAUGUAUUUUCUUCAUCGCCAUCCAAUAUCUACACAAGAUCAUGUACAAUCACUGCUUCCACAUAUUUGGAACCGUAUGAGUUUCCAAUACCUCUAACCAAUGCAGGACCUAAAUCAUUGGAUAGCAUAUUUUCGGGUGAUAUGAAAAAUGAUCUUGAAUUUGAAUCAUUCCAAGGAUCCUUUCGGAUCACUGGCAUACAAAUCAAAUUAGAGCCGGAUGGUAAAGAAAUAGGUAAGAAAUUGAAAAUCUUCUGUGACGUCUCGAAUGAGUUCGAAAAUAUCUUCUUUGAAGAAACUAGAGAGAAGUCUCUAGAUUCCUUAAUCGUAAUACAUUUUCGCAACAAUUUAUUGGUAAAGCCUGAUCAGAAAGCUAUGAUCAGUGUUGUUAUCGAUGAUUUGAAACCUGCUCUCUGUUGGGCAGUCGAGGAAGAUGCUUUGAGGUACCAGUCAUAUCAAGGAGGCUUCCGACUGACAAUAAGAAGCAAUCAGAAACUUAGAGGUUCUAAACGAAAGAGAUUUUUCAUAGAAAAAAUAUUUUAUACAAUUAGAAAAGAGGUUAAUUAGAUUCUUGCAAGUUUAAUUUAAAAUACCAUUAAAAGUCUGAUUUAAAAUGAUUUAUUUUUUCACUUUUACUAAACAGUUGGUCGGAACUUAUCUGCCGUUUCUUGAAUGAUUGAAGUGUUUUAUCAUGAAUUGCUCAAUAUUCAUUUUUAUAUCUGAAAUGUUAAAAUUUUCGACUUUCUUACCACGUUAUGUUGCAUUAUCGCAGUGCAAAGCCAUCCUUGCUCUUUGAAAGUCUUUCUAGAUCCGGAAACUGUUUGCAAUGUUACACCAAAUCAUAGAAAAAGGUAAAUACAAUAGCAGCCGACAGAUUUAUCUCCCUCAUACAGAAAUGAGAGAUUCAUCUCAAAAGAUUUUUGUUAAAGAGCUUGAAUAUUUUUAUUCGAAAAUUUAUAGACUAAAAGUAUGAUUUUAAUUUAAUAUUAUAAUUCUGAAAAUGCACCAUUGCUUGAAUAGCAAUAGCAAAAAUGUUUCACUACAUUAUUUUUAUAUGUUCAAUGUAAGUUAUGAUAAAUUAUUUAGUGACCUAAAUCGGUAGAUUGACUGAUGGAAUUGCCCUUCAUCUUUAUCAACAUCUUCAUUAAUAAGCUGUUGACAAAUUAUGAACAUUUUGAACAUUAUUUAAUGUAAUUUGAAGCAAAUGCUUUUAAGAUUUUUAAAGAUAAUUUAUUUCAACUGUUUUGUAAAAUAUUUCUUCUAGGACGGAACGUGAAUAUGAAACAGUUUUUCUUAAAGUACUCGAGGAAGGCACCUUUUCUCCGUAAGAAGGUAGCCUGAAAUGUUCUGUGCUAUGAUCGCCAGUAAUGUAAUGAAAUUUUUUUCUACCUGAGUGUCGAGCAGCAAAAGCAUUGUUUUGGCUUUGUAUAUAUAUAAAGUAAAUAUGAGCCAGUUUUGUUUUGGAAAGCUCUCUAUUAAAGCAUCCCCUCCGUUAGGCAAACAACCUAAUAUUAUCAAUUAAUCUUAUCUCUUUUAUAAAGUAAGAAAUAAAUAUAUAAGUAAGUUUCGUAAGAAAUAAAUAUAUAAGUAAGUUUCGUAAGAAAUAAACAUAAAGGAUAUCAUAGUGUUAUAACACUAUGCAACUAUAGUUGCAGUAUUUCUCAGAAAUCUGCUUAUAUUUAGGUUUGUGAUUUAGAACUUCAUGGUUACCGUUUUCGACAUUUAUAUACUCAUUAAAUGCGUUAUAUAUGCAUUUUCCUAUAUAUGAAAAAGUUAUCCUUUGAAGGAAGAUACUUUAUCUGAUUAUAUUGUCUGCAGUUUUAUCUCGGCUGUUGCACUACUUUUCAGAAUGUUUAAUGGGUCUAAAAAAUUGUCGUUGAAUAGUUCCUGCUAUGAUGGUUUUCUAAAGGUCUGUGCCCAUGCUUGCGAUGAUCUCACAGUCUUGUCUAUAUAUAAGCCCUGAACCAACUGAGAAGCUAUUUGGAGCCAACAACCAGAUUCAGAUGAUUUCUUCUUAAUUAAUAAUCUUGUUUGAUAUGUCUUUGAGUAAUGCAUAUGAUCAUAAAGACGCUGUGUAGUUAGACUUUUUUUUUCUGAUUUAAUAUGGUGAAAAUGUCGCAUGCAUUUAAUAGAUAUCGUGUUCCGAAAUUUGGAUGAUGAUUAUAGAUCGGUAUUUUCCGAGGUUAUUUUUUUAGUAUGAGUUAGGUGUGCAGCUCGUAUGAAAAAAGACGGUUUCAGACAAAAGAUGCUCCUGUUUGUUAUAAAAACAAAAGGAGCAAGAAUCAAAUUCUGUAAAUAAAAGUUGGAUAUCUUCCCACACUUUUUCAUCAGUAAGUGUCUAUGACAGCGAUUCUCAACCGGUGGUACGUAAGAGAAACAUAGAUGGUAUGUAAAGAAACAAAGUAUUUUUAACUAUUAAAUUAAAAAAUUACGUGAAGAAAAAGAACACUUGAUAGAAAUUUCUUAACAGAAGAUUUAAAAAAUAACACCCUUUUUAAUAUUUGGCUGAACAAAAUAAUAAUAAUAACAAUAAUAAUAAUAAUAAAUAAAUAAAUAAAUAAACAUUUAAAGGCAUUUCAAAUAAAGCUAUUAAAUUUUUAUUGUCUUUUUGCACAAACUAAUUGUAUUUGUGUGGACAAGGAUUUUCUUCCAUGUUAUAUUUGAAAAAUAGAUACAGAAUAAAAUUAAAAGUGGAUCCUAAUUUACGGUUAAAAUGAAAUGAAAUAAGACCAGACAUAAAGAAAUUGAUCUCUCCUAAACAGUCCCAAAUUUCCCACUAAAUUUUAGAAUUAAAGUAUUACAGCUUAAAUUUUGAUAUUUAAAAUGAUAACGAAUUUUUAAUCUAAUAUUUUUAUGUGUGCAUAUUUAAUACAAAUAGCCAAUAGGUUGCGCAAUCGGCAAAAUGUAUUUUUUGUAAUAUUUCUAUUAAAGAACCGAAAAAUAAUCAUUGAAAAAUGCAGUGGUGGUACUAGAAGCUUUCAAUUUUUUGUUUAGAUGGUGAGCGUUAGUCAAACCGUUGAGAACCGCUGAUCUGUGGCAAUUACCAGCAACCUCAUCUCUUCGACUGAGACUGAAAACGAUCCUCUUGUUUAGUUAUAGCAAUUCUGCCAAUCAGCUAUAAAUUUAGAAUCAAUGAGUAAAAUAUUUUAAAUCUCAUUGGGAUUUCUGAUGAGCACAGUGAUAAUGAGUUUUUUUUUUUCCUAAACUUCUUUAUUUUUCUCUCAUUGAGCAGUAGUCAAGAACUUACAUGAGAUAUUUAGAAAUUUACUAUGAAACAGACUGCUAAAUGAUGAGGCCUAGUUUUUAGGCUGAUGUACACCUUAGACGAUACCGAAGUAAGUUUGACUCAUCUGUGACAGAUGGUAGAUUAUCAUUUAUUUACAUUUUUCGACUUAACAGUAUUUUCAGCUUACGAGGGAGAGUUCACGUCCUUUAUAAGCCAAACUUAAGUGGAGAAGCACUAUUGGAUAAUUACAAUUUAUUCCUUAAUCAGGUUAAUUAGAAAAUCGUUUAUGAAGACAUCCAUCCUAUAUUAGGCAAAUUGCUGUAAUGCGCUUUGCCGCAAUUAAGUAAUCCUGCCUUGUUUAUUUUGAAAUCCAGUUCAUCGAUGAUCGACGGCAGAAAAUUGUUUCCUUGAUAUGGUUUUGAUACUAGACGAACGGAUUAAUUAUGUGGAUAUUUUCGAGUUUUUACUCGUGUGUAACGUAAAUAUAUGAAAUAUGUGUCUGUAAGUCCUCAUCGAAGGCAUCCAUUCUUUUCAGAGAUAAACAGUUCUCGUGUGCUUUACUUCAGAUACUGUUUAAAAUAUCUUUUUGAAUAGUUGAAGUGUUGUUCUGCUCAUCGACUGACAAAGUGCUACAGUGCAGACAAUUAGAUUGUAAUGCAGUUGUUGGCUGCUCUUCCUUCUUAAUUGUUUUCUUGAAGGAAAUACCUUUGCAAAUAUUAGGCCUUGUGACUUGUACUUUUUUAGCUGUUUUUGUAAAUGUUUUCUCAUGUAGAAGCUCACGAAUAGCUCUGCCACGAAGAUUUACGAGCUAUGAUACUUUCCUGGACUGCGUAUAAUGGACAAUUUACCAGAGUUUGUAUCAUUAAUAAUCUAUAGGGCAUAAAUAACCUGUGGUUAAGUAGUUAAGAGUGAUGAAUACUGGGAGUACGAACUCGGCUCGAUACAAGGAAAACGGGCAGGCUGCAUGGUUUGUUUUCGUGAUUUUCGCUUGUGUAACCUGUUUUCCUUAGGAAGUAUUCGUGAAGGCAUUCCUCCCCUCAUGCAGAUAGCCCUCGUGCUCUCAUAACCGUAACGUAACAAUUAAUAAUCUAUAGUUGAAUUCCAUUCCGAUCUCUACAGCCCAUCCGUAACCGAGCGAAUAAGAUCGCCGAAUGCUGGUAAUCCAAUCCUAUACCGGCAGAUGGGCUAAUUGUAUGAGAGUUUUCGCGUUUUUUCCCCAUAUGCAAUGUGGAUACAAGCUAGCUUUCCUUGUUCCUUGAAAAGUCCUACACGAGGACAUUCCCUUAGGCACAUAAUCAACGUGUGCUUCGCUUUAACCGAAACCGCGCUAUUAAAAUAGCAAAGCGCAUGAUGACGCCUAUUAUGAGGUAUAAUUCAAUACGGAGGCAAAGAGAAAAGCUGCUGAAUACCUCUAUACUUUAUACUACCCGCAAAGGGAUAUAAUAUGUCUUUAUUCUUUUUGUUUUAGUUAGAUUCGAUUUAAUUUGGAAAAAGUAGAUGAUAUCUUACGUAGGUAUGAAUUUCGGUAACAUUAUAUAUGUAAGAAUCAGAUAACUGAAACUGAUUUCCAAAUAACGAACUUCAGAAAGAUUUAUGACGUGCAUAUUACUAUCUUUGGGAUAGGUUCGAAGUAACUAAACUGAAAAGAGAUAUGGUAGAGGCAUAAAGAUUGUUAGAAAUUAAAGGUAGAAUUUUAUCUUGCGUAUAAUUCUGUUAUUAUAUAAUAUAGUAUACGACGCAGGCUUAGUCACAUAAAAGAUUUGUUUAUUCGCUUCUGUUAAAAGUUUUUAACAAUGGCCGAAUGGCUAAGACUGCUCAAUACUGCCAGAUCGAUCCCAAACAAACAGGCUGGUUGCAUGGUUGGUUGUCAAUAUAUAUAGCGUGAACAUGAAUCACUUUUCCUUAGUAAUUCCUCCACGAAAGCAUCCUUCCCCUUAGAUGGAUAAUUCCUUGUGUGCUUUGCCAUAUUUGAAUAACCUAACCUAAUUUGAAAUUUUUAAUUUCUUUCCAUUAUUCUAGCUAAUCGCUGUAUAAAAUGCAUGUUAAAGAGACAAAUCUGUUAACUCAUUACAUGUAUAAAAUAAAUGCUCUUAUUGGUACCUUCUAAUUAUCCGCAACCCCACGAAAAGUGACCACUUCAUUAUUGACUGUUUGAAAUAACGGAAAAUGUUUGUUUAGUUAAUUUUACGCCUAAUAGGUACUGUUCUGUUCAUAAGUAAUAAGAAGCAUUUUACAAGGAAUUUAAAGAAGGGUAGGCAAAAACAUUUUUAUGGCCGAUAUUUACUUUUUGGCAGUUCUUCCAAACGUCAGUGCGUCUCUGCGGAUAAUCAGAAAAUAUCGAAUUAUGUAUAGAAAAGUUAUUUCUCAGUUUAUGUAAAGCUUAAGUAAUUUGGAAUUUGCGUAAAUUUUUGCACGGUCAAAUAAAUGAUACUGUUCUGAAACAAAAUUAUGAUCUUUCGAAUCUGAUUGAUAUUGUGAAUAAUUUUUAACAGGUUUACUCCAAAAUUGGCAUUCAUAAUGUUAUAUCACCCAUCAUUUUCCAGAAAGUGUUUUGCAGAAAAAUAUUUUUAUUGAAGCUGAAGUUCUGAUCAUGAGAUAAUUAAAAAAGUACUGUUAUAGUUAGCUCUAUAAUUUUAAUAAAAUAUAGUACCCAUAUGACUUGAAAAGGGUGAUUUUUUAAGAUGUGGGUGAUAAUAAAACAUAAAAGUCAUAUUUCGAUUUAGCAAUGCGAAAUCUAUAAACAACAUUAAAAACAACUAUAGCAUUAAAAACAGAUUUUUUUAAUGCUUUUGGCUUUUAAAUGUAGCAGGUUUUUUUAAAUACUUCUUGAUGGAUUAUACUUUGGUGUAUGUAAGAAAUACAAGUAUGUACAAGAAUUAUAUCUAUCUUAAGUGAUUAGUGUUCAAAAUGAAAUGCUCAAUUUGAUCCACUCAAAAUUUUUAAAUUUCCCUUUUUAUUGCUAAUUACUGCUUUUUAUUACCAAUUUUAGACGCUAUUUAAUAAUUCUUACUUCCUUUGAAGUACCAAACAGUUCAAAAAAUUCCAUUCUCAUGUUAAAGUUUAUCCUGAAAAGCAUUUAAAGAAAAUUCUAACUUAUUUAAAACAGAAUUUUGCUUGAAUGUAGAAAUAGCAUGUGUAAUGUAAUGUAAUAUAUGAGUGUGCUUUAACCCUCCUGGCUGAUAAUAAGAGCUGUUAGUUAUUUAUUAUAAUACAAUUUAUUGUUAUUAUUUCAUUGCCUAUUUAUAUACUUUUGUGUAAAGUAACGGCCCAAAUAUGACAGUUUUAUUCCUUGAAAUGGCUAGCAUAGUGUCCCUUGAAUGACAAUUAAAAGUACUUUCUUCAUUUUUAUUUUCAGCAUUUCUCUUCCUUCAAAACUUUUUGAAAAAUCUGAAUCUGAAAAAACUCGAAGUAAACAGUUUAUGUCAGCAUCUGAAGUUCCACUUUUUGAUUUUUUGAAAAACCCAUAAGUAACGAGUAUACCAUGUCUAUAAUAAUGCUAGUAUUUAUUGUAACAUUCGUAUGUGACGUCAUCUUCUCUACGAGACUUUUCUUUUCUUUUCUCUCUCUCUUUUUUUUCGGAAAAAACCUUAAAAAAUGUUUUAUAUUCGGGCCAAUACUGUAUUGUAUUCAUGUAUAAAUAAUACUAAUUAAUUAUUGUAUGUUUCUGAUUUGAUUUUUUCUAAUUAUCUACUUAUCUUGAAACCAUUAUUUAAUCUACAUCUUUAUCUCAUCUUGUAAAUUUUGAAAUAAAUGUUUCAACAAAGAAUUUUUAUU